AUGGGUGUUCUACAAGAGAGGGCUCUGCCCCGAAGUGCUGGGACGCCACAAUCUCGAGGCAACCUAGCCUUGGUCAUCACGGUGGUCCUGACAUCUCUUGCAAUUUUCGUUGUCGCCGUGCGGAUGUUUACGCGAAUCGGACUGGUCAAGCUGUUCGGUCGAGAAGAUGGGAUGAUUAUGCUGUCCUUGACAUUUUCGAUUGUGUACAUGGCAUUGGUUAUAAGCCAGGUGCAUUUUGGGAUGGGUGAACACGUAUAUGAUCUUCCGCCGGAUGUGCUCAAGGCACAGCUGAUGGUGGGUGACGCUUCCUUCCGUUCGAUGCUGUUCGAUAAGCUGAUGAGACGAUCUCUCCAGCGGCUCUGGCUUGCUAUCCCGAUGUACAACUGCAGCCUUUGGUGCACCAAGUAUUCCAUCCUCUUUCAGUACCUGCGCAUCUUUCCCGGUCGACCUAUUCGCAUUACCUGUUAUACAAUUAUGGGCAUUGUCACUAUCUAUUCCUCCUGGGCUGUCGUGAGCGGUUAUUUGAACUGUAUUCCAGUGGCCAAGUUUUGGGAUCGUUCGAUUCCCGGAAAUUGUCUGAGCUUCGAAGCGCUUUGGUUUUUCAACGCCGCCAUGAACCUCAUUACGGAUAUUGCUCUCUUGAUUUUACCUAUGCCGGUGCUCAAUGCUCUCCAACUCCCACGCAAACAGAGGCUAGCUCUCAUGGCAGUGUUUGCCAUUGGUGGAGUGGUUUGCAUCACCAGCAUGCUCCGUCUCAAGGCCUUGAAGGAAAUCGCAGUCAGCACGGAUGAGUCUUGGGACAAUGUUGACGCCGCUUUCUGGACAGCUGCCGAGUGCAACGUCGCCAUCAUCUGCGCUUCCUUACCGUAUCUGCGUCCGCUCAUCGUCCGCAUCUUCCCUCGCUUUGCCUCGAACCUCAGCUAUCCACAGAAGUCGGAUGUCCAGGUCACAAGUCAUCGAAAAAGCAGGGCCACACUCCUCACCAACCCCAUUCGGGGCGACUACGACAUGUACGGGUUCAACGACCGAACGGAUGGCGCCCUCAGUCGCGGGACUUUGGGCGGCAUUCAAGUCACGACCGAAUUGUUCCAGGAGACGACGAAAGGAGGGGAGUCGGUGGAAUCCAUCAGCGAGCGAAGACUAGUAGCGGAUGCUUGA